UUAAUGAAAAUUCUACAUCCAUGACGGCAUGAGUGGGAGUAAAGGGACCCCCAAAUGUCCACUUGCUCUGUAUUUUUUUUCAUAAAAAAUGGACCAAUUUUGGACCAUUCAGCCAUCGGAAGUUCCAAUAGGCGAUGUCUUUUGGACUCUUCUGAUUCACACUUGCCUAUUCUGAAAACCCCACCAUUGAAUUCUUUUUCUCCUUUUUUGGUUUGGAGAUGAUGAACAAUAUGGAAGAUGAGUACAUUAGGAGACACCAUAGGCAUGUGCUUAAGGACAAUCAGUGUAGUUCUUCACUUGUUAAACGCAUCAGAGCUCCUGUUAAUCUUGUAUGGUCAUUGGUGAGAAGGUUUGAUCAACCACAAAGGUACAAACCAUUUGUCAGCAGGUGCGUUGUGCAAGGGGACGAUCUUGAAAUUGGGAGUGUGAGAGAAGUGAAUGUUAGGUCAGGUCUUCCAGCUACCACCAGCAAGGAGAGGUUAGAGCUUCUAGAUGAUGAGGAGCACAUCUUUGGCGUAAAGAUUGUUGGUGGAGAUCACCGGCUCAGGAACUACUCAUCGAUUAUCACUGUUCAUCCCGAGGUCAUUGAUGGGAGACCUGGAACAAUUGUAAUCGAGUCAUUUGUAGUAGACAUACCAGAUGGGAAUACUAAGGACGAAACAUGCUUCUUUGUGGAGGCCCUCAUCCGCUGUAACCUCAAAUCAUUAGCUGAUGUGUCAGAGCGUUUGGCGGUGCAGGGCCAUACCGAGCCUAUUGAUAGAAUGUAGCUUCACAGUUUUUGCAAAUGCAGCAGCGUGGGCAUAUGCGUUUUUUGAUGCUGGAGCAUACAUGGAUUUUGAUUAGAAGGUGAGCAGAGUGAUGGGUAUUAUGAUUGUACUGCUCGAUCUCAGAUGAGAGUGUGUAUAUAUUGAUGCUUCCUUUUAAUCAUCUGAAGGUCACCUCUGUUCAUUACAUGCAACCAGAUUAUUCUUGUAAUGGCUAUUUCUCAUUGUGAAGAACCAUUACUGAUUCUGGCUGUGCAAGAUAUUGAGCCCUGUAAAUAUUUGCUACUGGAUGAACUUUUGUUGUCAUGAGAACCAUACACUCGUCUCAUCUAGAGGCUGGUGUGCUACUAGUAUUCCCUAGACUCUGACUGCCUUUUUUUGUUUUUGUACUUGUACAAGAAAAAAGUUCCUUGUUUGUUGUUGUAUCUUUAACCCUUCGCGUUAUGUUGUAUAUGAUUUCAUGGUGCAUUAUUUUCUCCCAAGAA